AACCAAACGGAGGAUGGGAUGCGUAACGAGCUGGCAGCCCUGCAGGAAGACAAACACAACUAUGAGACCACGGCCAAAGAGUCCCUGAGGAGGGUCCUGCAGGAGAAGAUCGAGGUGGUCAGGAAGCUGUCAGAGGUCGAGGUGAGACCCGGGGCUGGGUGAAGUGUGUGUGUGUGGACGAUGAAUGAAUGAAUGUGUUGUCAUCUCACCUGUUGUUAUUCCAGAGAUCUCUGAGUAACACGGAGGAUGAGUGUACCCAUCUGAAGGAGAUGAAUGAGAGGAACCAGGAAGAGUUCAGAGAACUGGCUAAUAAGUACAACGGGGCCAUCAACGAGAUCAAGGACCUCACAGACAAGAUCAAGGUACAGUAGGUGAACGUGGUUGGUGAGGGGGGUGGAGACACAGGUUGGGGGAGGGGAGGGGGCACAGGUUGGAUAGGAGAGGGGGGGGGCACAGGUAGGAGAGGAGAGAGGGGGGGACACAGGUUGAAGAGGAGAGGGGGGGACACAGGUAGGAGAGGAGAGAGGGAGGGGGACACAGGUAGGAGAGGAGAGAGGGGGGGACACAGGUAGGAGAGGAGAGAGGGGGGGGGACACAGGUAGGAGAGGAGAGAGGGGGGGGGGGACACAGGUAGGAGAGGAGAGAGGGAGGGGGACACAGGUAGGAGAGGAGAGAGGGGGGGACACGGGUAGGAGAGGAGAGAGGGGGGGACACAGGUAGGAGAGGAGAGGGAGGGGGGACACAGGUAGGAGAGGAGAGAGGGGGGGACACGGGUAGGAGAGGAGAGAGGGGGGGACACAGGUAGGAGAGGAGAGGGGGGGGGGACAGGUAGGAGAGGAGAGGGGGGGGGACCACAGGUAGGAGAGGAGAGAGGGGGGGACACGGGUAGGAGAGGAGAAAGGGGGGGACAGGUAGGAGAGGAGAGGGGGGGGGGACAGGUAGGAGAGGAGAGGGGGGGGGGACAGGUAGGAGAGGAGAGAGGGGGGGGACACAGGUAGGAGAGGAGAGAGGGGGGGGGACACAGGUUGAAGAGGAGGGGGGGGACAGGUAGGAGAGGAGAGAGGGGGGGGACAGGUAGGAGAGGAGAGAGGGGAGGACAGGUAGGAGAGGAGAGAGGGGGGGGACCACAGGUUGAAGAGGAGGGGGGGGGGGGGGGACAGGUAGGAGAGGAGGGGGGGGGGGGGACACAGGUAGGAGAGGAGAGAGGGGGGGGGACACAGGUUGAAGAGGAGGAAGAAACUCAGUCACUUUAUUGUAGAGGCUUGAAGAUCAGUGACAUUUCUAUCUAAUGUCUGAGCACCAGCACACACAUCAGAUUCUCCAGAACACCCUUUAACAUGGCUUUAACAUGGCUUUAACAUGGCUUUAACAUGGCUUUAACAUGGCUUUAACAUGCCUUUAACAUGGCUUUAACAUGACCAAAUGUUCCUGUGUGUAGCUGGCAGAGGGCCGCCAGGAGGAGCUGACUCAGAAGGGUCAGCUGGAGAAGAAGGAGCUGCAGCUUUGCAUUGAGGAGAUGGAGGAGAAGGAACAGACUCUACAGGCUCGUAUUGAGGCCCUGCAGGCUGAUAACGACUUCACUAACGAGCGCCUCACUGCCCUGCAA